AAAUGUCCAAAUGAUUGCUCAGGGAAAGGCAUUUGUAACAGUGCUCUUCUCACUUGCUUCUGUAACCCAGGAUGGAGCGGAGAGGAUUGCAGCCAACCUGACUGUCAAGGUGAACCGAAUUGUUAUAACCGAGGUAUUUGUGUAGUGAUAAAUGGUACGAAUCCAAAGUGCGUGAACUGCUCUGCUGGAUGGAUGGGGCCCGCAUGUAAUGAUCCUUGCGUUCAAGGAGUUCAAGAACCCACGGACAGUGGAUUCUGUAAGUGCGAUCGUUGCUGGGCCGGCAAAGGCUGCGAUUCUCUCUGCAUGGGUCGGGGGAAGUGUUCACAGUCAGGCAUUUGCGAUUGCGACCCUCCAAGGCUGGCGAGGUGAACUAUGCCAAAUACCUGGUUGUCCUGGAGUUGGAGAAGAUUGUACCGGUCACGGGGACUGCAAUAGCGCUACACAUGAAUGUACAUGCUACCCUGGUUGGUCUGGAUCAGGAUGUAAUGUCCCAGACUGCCCUGGUGCUCCAGAUUGCUAUAACCGCGGCUAUUGUAACGCUUCUGUAGAUCCUCCUAAGUGUCAAAACUGCAUUCAAGGCUGGAUGGGACCGGCAUGCGCAGAACCGUGUAAGUUUGGUGAGCAAGUGCCUAUGAACAGCGGACAAUGUCAGUGUUGGCCUGGAUACUCAGGUGAGAAAGACCAAAAAUUUCUCUCAGUGCAUUUGUCUUUUAACUAGUUUCUAAAACUACACGCAGCGGUUAGAAGGUAGAAAGAAACGCACUUGCUAGAUAUUGUCAAUAUUUGAUUUAAAAUAUACAAACAGCCGUAUGUAUCACGUUUAUUAUGUUUCACAAUCCUUAGCAAACACGUUUUUCCUAAUAACUAACGUAAAAACUACACGGAUUUGGCAACUGUACGACGUCUACUAAAAAUUUCUUUAUAUAUUAAUUUUUAAGGUGUUGGUUGCGACAGCGAGUGUUCAGAACACGGCAAAAUAGUAAAUGACAAAUGUGUCUGUUACGUGGGAUGGCGAGGAGACCUGUGUGAUAAUCCUGGUUGCCCUGGUGACACCUCUGAUUGCUCAAGCCACGGGUUAUGUAACUCAGCAACUCACAUAUGCACCUGUAACGAAGGCUGGGCUGGCAAAGGCUGCGAAAUUCCCGACUGCCCAGGAUCACCUGAUUGCUUCCGGCAAGGAAUAUGCAACGCGUCUGUGGACCCCCCAAAAUGUCAAAACUGCAGUAAGGGCUGGAUGGGUCCGGCUUGUAACGAUCCUUGCAUCCACGGUGAACAAAUUCCAAUGGACAGCGGUAACUGUGUCUGCGAGCCCGGUUGGGUAGGUGUUGGAUGCAAUAGUGAAUGCUCAGAACAUGGUAAGAUAGUCAAUGGCACGUGCCAGUGUGACGUAGGAUGGCGUGGGACGUACUGUGAAAAUCCCGGAUGUCCAGGAAUUGGGCGAGAUUGCACCGGACACGGAGAAUGCAACAGUGCCACACACACCUGUAUCUGCAAGAAUGGAUGGACCGGCGAUGGGUGCCACAUUCCUGACUGCCCAGGGAAUCCCAACUGUGCUAACAGAGGUAAGCAUAGAUAUCUAAAACUGUUGAUUAUCAGAGUUCCGCGAAGAUUCGUUUGGAUCUAACUAUCUGCUCUGUGCUAUGAAACUAUGAAACUGAUCAUAAUAUCUACUGUUUUAAGAACCUGUAAAGGUUAGCACACGGAUAAAAAGAGCAUUUAAUUACUACGAAAUAAGCCAUAACUUAAAAGAGCAAACGCUUUGUGGGACAUUAAAAUGGGAGAUAUCAGUCGAUGCUCACAUUAAGAAGAUUUUCCUUGAAGAAAUUGUUCAUCUAGAAUGAAUAAAAAUGGCACGCGUUAAAGCAGAGACACGAAAUGUGGGGUCAGCGUAGACUGGCAUAUUCAUACAGUCACUACUACUUCCAUAGAAAAGAUAGGCUCUACCCUUGGUAACCUGGCCGAAUAAGCCUUACGGAAAUGUUCCUUUGGGAAAACUGGAAAAGAAAAAAUCACUGCAUCAUAUAAAAGCACUGCUCAUACCUCAACUGUCGAUAAAAGACUUUUAAAGUACCUUUUUGUGUUGCCCAGUGUCUCACAAUAGUUUUUAUAUGAACUGUCUAUCUUGAAAUAAGAAUCAGCUUGUCCAACGUAACAAGUUGCAUCGGCAAAUGGUAGUCCAAGAUAGUUUUUACUUGUGUGAUUAUUGGUUAAAAAAAGCCAUCCCCAGAACAAACAUAAGAACCGUGAGAGAAAUUACCACUCAAGUACUCAAUUGAUUUACUAUAGUGUGUAUACAAUGUGCCGCUGGUAGCGUUCGUUCCUAUACGCUAUACUGUAGAGGUUCAUGCACCGACUCAAAAUUUAAACACCUUAAUCAUAAGAAUCAGAAUCAUAAGCAUUGUAAUGCAAAAGUACUUUCCAGUGGCUUCCAUUUGAAUGACUUUUAAACUUUUUCUGACUCUGGUCCUUGUUUUUUGGGUCAGGUCACUGUGAUGUAACUACCGACCCCCCAGUUUGUACAAACUGUACACCUGGCUGGAUGGGCCCAGCUUGUGAAGACCUCUGUACACAUGGAAAGCAAGUACCUAUGGACAGUGGAAACUGCGUCUGCGAUCCUUGUUACACUGGUCGCGGAUGCAAUGUGGAGUGCACAGGGAACGGAAAGUGCGUCAAUGAUGUGUGCGUAUGUGAUCAACUUACUGGCUGGCGGGGCUCUUUAUGCGAGGUACCCGGAUGUCCUGGGUCUAAUGGAAAGGACUGUAGUGGAAAUGGCCAAUGUGACAGUGCAAACCAUCAGUGCAUUUGUGAUCCAGGUAAAACUAGCUUCCAACAUUGGACUGGCUAUUCAUUAACUGUAGUAAAUUCAAGUAAAUGAAAUAAAAAGAGCUUAAUCUAUAAAAGAUAAAACAACUAUUUGGUGCAGAGUUUUCCUUAACUGGCAAACCACUAAGUUGUGAUGAAAACCCGUCAUUAAUUAUCAACGGUUUUGGACACACGCACUGUAUUCGUUCCGUCAAUAAUAAAAUGCACUGGACCUGUUCCUAAUUAGCAGUUACUAGUAUGCACUAUUGAACAAGCAUUAGGUCAAGAUGGGUGGAACUUGACUUCGGGUUUUCCUCUUUUUCAUGGACCAAGACCAAGUCGAGGUCGAUAAAAACUUUAAAAAAAAGGACAAAGCCGUGUUCCAGCCAUGUUGACCGAACAAGGUUGAUUAAUAAAGAACAUAUUUUAUGGCCAAAAGAGAAUUUUCCUCUGGCGGGACCACCGCGGAAAAUCCUGAGUGGACGAGAGAGGCCCAUCUUGUCCGCUCUGGUGAGCAGAACAUAUCAUUCACUUGAUCUUGCCUGCUCGCGGAUUCAGCAAAAUAUAUAGUCAAAUAAAGGGUUUAUUGAUCUUUUUUUCAAAUGUUAUGAAAAAAUGUUUCUUACCAGGAUGGACAGGUGUUGGUUGUCAUCUCCCUGACUGUCCCGGCGUUCCAAAUUGUUUUGGUCGUGGAUAUUGCAACGCAACUAAUCGCGUGACGCCAGCAUGCACAAACUGUGAUCCAGGCUGGAUGGGUGCGGCCUGUAAUGACCCCUGCGUCCACGGUACACCUAAAGAUGGAAUAUGCCAUUGCGAUCCUUGUUAUACGGGCAGUGGUUGUCAAAGUGAGUGCUCCGGAUAUGGAGAAUGCGUCAACAACAAAUGCGUUUGCGUUCAGGUGCAAGGUAGUGCUCAUAUGGGGGAAUACUGCGAGCUGCCAGGGUGCCCACGGCAGUGUACAAGUCCGAAUAACGGCUUCUGCAACACGGAAACUCAGAAGUGUAUAUGUGCUCAGGGGUGGACUGGGGAUGACUGU